UUUUGCCAAUCAGGAUAGUUUUUCAGGUAGUAUCAGCUACUGUGGUUAUGAGCAUCCGCACACCUGGUGGUUGCUUUGGAUUUAUACAGAUGGCUUCUGCUGAAGAGGCAGCAUCUGCUGCUAGAGCCUAUGAUUUAACAGAGUUUGGAGGAUGUAUACUGCGGGUUGAAGCUACAGAGCGAAAAGCACCAGUUCAAUUAAACAAAGCAAAUGAUCCAGUAGCUGGAUUGAACAAAUUAAAAACUAGUAUGCCUGAUUCUCGACGGAUGGUAUCCAGACCGUUAGUAUCUCGAAGACGUUAUAUUGCCAACAGACAGCGAUUGUUGCGUUGUGCUGCCAUUAGAACUGCUAUUUUGAGGGAACAGCGGAAAAGGUCCGAAUAUUUAUCCGCCAAUAAUCGUCCACAUUCCGUUAAGAAAACUCCUAUCAGAAGACCUUUAUACCAGUUUACUGGACCAAAUUAUACAAUGUCAAAGGAUAGUUUGCGUUCACGAGGCGGUCUGGCCCUUGUAUCUAAACAUAAAAGUAUUUCACAGCGACAAAUCUCUUCACGGAUCAACACCAAUCAUGGAACGCAGUCGCUGUUACAAAGAAGAUUAAAUUAUGCUGUCAAUCGAAGGCUGCGUGAGCCAAUUCGUAUUCACAAAAGUGCCAGUGUUUCACGUCGAUCGUCCAAAUCAUUUUUGCCUAGAGUACACAGAAAUUCAAAUAUAUGUCCAGAAAACCAUCGAAGCUAUCUUUCUCCACCUUCCCGUCUAAUCCCCUUGGAUACGCUUACUUCAAAACGGAGCCCAACCUUUCGCAGUAAUCGUCCUGUAGAAAGAGAUAUACGCGAACCCUAUCGCCCUGUUUUGCCAGAACGAAAGUAUCAUCCUCAGUCACCUGGUCGAUCACAUGAAUCAAGUCGGUAUUCACGAAACACUCAAUCAUCAGUCUAUACAGGAAGAAAUACUGCUAAAUCAGUAUACGAUAGUCGUUCUCGUCAAAGUCAUUUGAUGACUCGUUCUGAACCGCGCUGUACGAAUUACAGCAAUUUAGAUAGUCGAAAAAUGGCCGUAGCCUCUCGUACAGAUAUGUAUUCUGAAGAACGUUAUCGAACUCACGAUAGUCAUCUAUCUGAAGUACGCAAAAAUCAAUUAAGGUCAAACCCCCCUACUUCACGAAUGAGAGUUGAGGAGAGUAAACGAGAGUACCGUGCAGUUAGUAGAAGCCCACCAAGGUCAAGAGAUUCUACAAUGAUGCGCCCGUACCCAGUUUCUUUCAAUUUCAAUCGCCAUCGCACGGAAACAAGUAAUCGUGGCCGCAUUCCACUGAUGUUACAGUCUACACCACACAGGCCUGAAAUCGUGGAGUAUGAACACCGUUCAGAGCCAAGAACGAAUUGGCAAACUGAAAGACGUUCCAAAGUUUUCUCAUCUCCAUCACAGUCUUGGAGGCCGGCAAACAAUGCAUUUUUCGUAUCUCCUACAUAUGAAAAUCGAAAUACAGGCCGCCGAUACCAAUAA